GAGUGGUGAGAGAGGCAAAGUAGGUGUUAACGCUCUUUAUCACCUAAUAGCAAUUCUUCUUCUCCGCAGAGGACCUACCACUUGCUUGUUCCCCCUCUUGCUUCGAACAGAGCCAAAUAAACCUUAUUCCUAACCUCUAACAAGCCUGAGCUCAUUCUGAGCUUUGGCCUGUCUGACCUUUUCCCUGCAACUGUAGGCUACUCAUGUAUACUCCUCCUUUGCGAUUUCCCCUUUCUUCCAUUUCUUAUACGUGCCCUUCUUAAGUACCAGCUCAUCUGUAAGCUCCUUAUGCAGCCACCCUGGCUUUUUAAAAUGCCUCCCACUUUUCUUUCUUGUUGGGAUAGGCCAGAAAUGUAGCUGCCCUUGAGAAAUAAUCAUAUGUGGUUCCCCCAAAAAAUCAAGGAGGGUGAAACUCUUUUAUGGGAUUACCUCCUUGUGUUUUAGCUCUUCACGCUACAGAGUCAAGUAUUUUCUCUGUACACAGAGCUACUGCUUAAGGAACAGCUGCAACGCCUCGUUUAAAGUUGGCAACCUGAAUCCCCUCACCACUCAAAACGAAAGCACAAAGUUCCCUUGAACAUACCAGCUCCAGGACUGGGGAAAGGAUCUGACAAGAGACCCAGGGGGCCCUCUUAACUUGCCAACAGCAGAGCGUACAAACUGCAAAUGUCCCCCCUCUGCUUCUGACUGCUGUGAGUGCGAACUGUGUCCUUAGCCUGUCUUAUUGCCCAGGCCUCAGUCACCAACCUCAGCCAUCCCUGUCCAGGCAGCCUGAGUGUAGUUUAAGCCACAGGAGCCUCUGCUGUGCGAUACCCACUUGGUGGACCAGCUUUCUUGCCAAGCUCCUCUCUUCCACAAGGUGGCAGAGGUAACCUGGCCCAGCCGGCUGGGAUAAAGCUCAGGUAACAACACUGAUUGCCAUCCAGCGGGUGGAGUACUGGGAGCAAAUGCCUGGCUUUAUAAAGACUUGGUUCUGUCCAGAGGGACAGCCCUUCAUCGACUUGGAGACAAGCUGAGGACACGCAGCAGUUCAGGUCUACGCGGCAGCGGUCAGCAAGCGUGUCACGGAAACAUCCUGCGGGCCCGAUGCUCCAAUAUUGGACGGAUCGUCUCACUUUGCUCUACGCCAUGGAAGCCUGUUGAUUCCUUUAACUCUGCUCCCAAAGUGCCAUUGUGCAUUUUCAGGGGAGGCAAAGGGGAACCGGACAGUUAAUUCGGCACCAGACUCAGUUGCCGCUCUCUUUGGUGGGUGGAUUUCAGAAAGAACACAUUUUAUUUAUUUUUUGAGAAGACAAAGAAUAGUAAUAACUAAACCCCGCAAAGAAAGCAAUUCCAGGAUUUUUUUAAUAUAAAAAAGAAAUAGCAAGUGUGUGCUCGCAAGAUUCCCCUUUUCCCCUUUCUUGCUGGGAUUUUGGAAUGCUGGGCUCUGUCAAGAUGGAAUCGCACGACAUUUCUGAAUGGACUUCAUACUACAAUGAACCCACGGAGGUGUUUCCUUCGGUGAGCACGAUGACGUCCAGCUUGGGGCCUAUGAACUCAAUUAAUUCCUACGUGACGCUGAACCCCCUCACUUCCCCCAGCUCCAUGAACAUGCCUUAUCCAAACAGCGGAUUGAGUAGCCCUUCUCUCACUGGACUGACCAACGCCACCAGUUCGAUGGGCCUCCCAUCGGUGGCGUCUCCCGUCAGCCCAGUAUUGACUCAGCUGGGAGCUCAGGCCCCCACACUCAACUCUCUGUCACCUUACCAAAAUGUCGGCCAGUCCAUGGCCCCGCUAAGCUACUCACCGUCAAGCAUGAACAGGCCCAAGGAGAUCAACAAGUCGUACCGGCGCACGCUGACCCAUGCUAAGCCUCCCUAUUCCUACAUCUCCCUCAUCACCAUGGCGAUUCAGCAGGCCCCGAGCAAGAUGCUGACCCUCAACGAGAUCUACCAGUGGAUCAUGGACCUCUUCCCUUACUACCGCGAAAACCAGCAGCGCUGGCAGAACUCCAUCCGCCACUCCCUCUCCUUCAACGAUUGCUUCGUCAAGGUGGCCCGUUCCCCGGACAAGCCCGGCAAAGGCUCCUACUGGGCCCUCCACCCAAAUUCAGGCAACAUGUUUGAGAAUGGCUGUUACCUGAGGAGGCAGAAGCGUUUCAAAAUCGAGGACAAGGCCAAGAAGCCGAACUCCAAAGGCUCCAACGCCCAAGAGCAGGCGUCCAAGAUUCCCGAGGGUCUUCAAGAAGGCCAGAGCCCCAACACGGGCUCGGAAGGAGCAGAGUCGGGCCACUCAGACACCUCCCAUGGCUCCGAGGAGCAAAGGGGUUUGGUGCAACUCGAUUGUUCCGGGGGUCAGGGCUCACCCCCCGUUUCUGAGGCCUCCCCAGCCCCCAUCUCCCAGUCCAUGAAUAGCCACUACUUUGCCACCUCGAUUACCAACCUGGAUCUCCCGAGCGACCUCAAAAUGGACCCUCAGUUCAACUUCAACCAUCCCUUUUCCAUCACCAACUUGAUGUCCACGGAGCAGAACCACAAGAUUGACCUGAAGUCCUACGAGCAAGCCAUGGCCUACAGUGGCUACAGCUCCCCACACUCGGUGGAAAGCAAACACCCCUACGAGGCAUCCACUUCGCUCAGCGAGACCGGCUCCUAUUAUCAGAGCCUGUACAGCCGCUCCUUGCUCAACGCCUCGUAAGGUUGUCGUUGCAAGACAGGAGGGGGCCAAAGGAACAAGAGAAGCUCUGCCUCGUGCCGCCAUCACCAGCAAGACCAUCCACGAGAUGUUCUCUCCCACCGCCAUCCAAUCGCAUCAUGGCCCGUGGGACGGAGAAAGCAACCAGAGACUUGGCCUACUAGACUCUCUUGACGAAUCAUUACGCUUUCCAGACCUCAAAACCGAAAUUGCCUCAUAGUGGUCAAGAGCUCCUUUGACGGCCUUCCAUGUCAAUGGACUCACUUGCCCAUCAUGACCAGGGAAAAGCAAGGAUGAACAAGCUCACACACCUUGCGGCCACCAACCAAUGGCCAGUUGGGUGAUAAAGGCCAUGGACGGACUCAUCUAUACUUCAGCAUGGGUUCACACCCAUGGCAAAUCCCCACCACCUCAAAAUGGUGGACCCCACUCUGAAUUUUACAGUGACUACAGAUGUCUGAUAUAUCUCCAGGAGUGGAGCUUGGAUGGGUGUUCAGGAAUACAUGAAAAGGGGCAGAGAAACGGAAAUUUGCUAGCUGGGGAACCAUCCCUUGGCCCAGAACAUUGGACUUUCCUGUCUCAACGCAGAUGUUACAGUCAACAGUUGAACUCUUGUCUUGAGAUUCUCAAACCCACCCGUUUAGGUCAGAAUGAUACAUGGCAGGACUCCAUUGUUACACACACACACACACACGGGUUUGGUUACCCCAAAGACAAUUUAGGCCUCAGCCUGAAGAGGAGCAGGGAAAAUAUAGUUCACAUCUAUCUUCUUCUUUUUUUAAAAGAAAAAAAAGGAAAAGUGGCUUUAUAUAUUUAAAUAUUUGUGCUUUCUGUUGGGAAAAAGGGUAAGAGCUGAUUUAAUAUAUCAUACUUUAGAGACAAUUCAAGGGGGUGUUUGUUUCAAGUGUGUUUGUCUCUCCUUUUCUUUUUGGUAUUAAUGAUAAUUAAAGCAAAACGGUAUUCAGGGUCCGUCCGUCCAUCCCCCACACGCCAUCCCACCACUAGCAAGGAAUUUAUAAUUCUGAUCUGGUGGCACAAGCAACAAAAGACUCCUGGCUCCCAGUACUUAAGACCUCGAAAAUAUUUAUUUAUUUUUUAACGCAUACUUCUCCCGAUCUUCCAGGGCUGAGGGUGGGUAGGAGUGAAGCUGCCUUCGUCAGGCCCAGCUCACUAUUCGCCUAACACAGACUGACAGCACUUCUUCAAGAUUUGGGACAGGCUUCUCCCACAGCCCCACCCGGACAUCCCAGGGGUUAAAUCUGGGCCUUUUAAAAAAAAAAUUAUGCAUGCAAGGCCAAUGCUGUAUCUUUGAGCUACAAACCCUUCUGCACAACCACCACCUCUGCAGAGCAGAAACAGUGGGCAUAAACUUAAAAAAUAAAAUAAAAAUCAACCGCCACUAUCAAGCCCAGAUACUCAAUGAGAUCUCUUUUUGCAAAAACGAUUUGGAAACGGCUGCCCAAUCACAGUGUACAAUUAACAACAACAAAAAAAGAGUGUAACCCAGAAUAAAAGGGGGGGGAAUAGGCACAGUGAAGUUACAUUGCUGACAAUGGAACUUACCUAUUUUUUUGAAUUGAAUCGGUAUCACUACCAAUAAACCUUGGCUUGUAUCUCCAUAUCGUUAUCUCCCUUUGUAGUCCUUUCUCAUCCUUCGAAUGCCUGCAAAGAGACACAGCUUACUUCAAAGUGCCAAGGAAACCACACGCUUGUGCGAACAGGGCUAGAUCAUAGAAUUGGAAGGGACCCCCAGAGGCCCUGUAGUCCACCCCCGCAAUGCAGCUAAAGCAUCCGUGGCAGAUGGCCGCCCAAACUCUGCUUAAAAACCUCCGAGGGGGGAGUGACCACAACCUCCCAAGGGAGACCAUUCCAGGGUUGAACGGCUCUUGCCGUUCUUAGGUAUAACAGUAUAUAGCCUGAUUAAAUAAGUCGGCCCAAUGGCACAACAGCUCCUGCCUCCUGAGUUUAACGCUUUGCAAAAUCUGCACCAUCUUUUUUAUACUUCUCCUCUCUAACCCCGUUCAGCUUCCUAGAUUCGCAGGGCAACUACUGAAACCCAACCAUCAAACGGUACGCAUGUCCUGGAAAAAAAGAGGACAUAUGGCCAACCCCAAAUCUGGCCCACCUCAGGUGUUUAUUUAUUAAAAGUUCUACCCCAUUUUUCACCACAUCUGGGUCUCAAAGCAGCUCCCCCCCCCAAAAAAAAUUGCAAUAUACAAAACUUAAAACGGACUGAAACACUCAAGAACAGCAUUUCUGGUUACAAAGGGCUCCUGAAAUCCAGCUGUUUUUAGCCUGGCACCUGAAACUCGGCAGGGAUGGUGCCCACCUGGUUUCUAAUGGGAGUUCCAUAGAGAUGGGCCACUUUCCUUAAAGGAACCAACUAACGGGCAAGAUUGACAUCUGUCUGGGGAAUAUUUGCCUCAGCCGGCACAAGCCAACCAUGUCAUUAACUCUAAGGAAGCUGAACCUUUGUUUUGGCCUAGCAGCCCCUGCCAAUAGCAAAAGGGAAGCCAUUUUGAAGUGGCCAGCCGACAACACAGCUUGCCAGGCCCCAUUGCCACCCUGGCUGUUCAUUCACAAGCCUAUUUUGGCAGUUUGAGAGAAAGAUAUGGCAGGAGAUGAAAUCACAAGGGUGCACGAGAAUAAAAGUUUUUUUUUGUUUUUGUUUUGUCCAACAUGUGCUGAAAUACAUUCUUCUUCAGGGGCGCUUAGAAAGCCGAGUGCUCUGGAGCAUUGUGCUCUGUGGAAUUUUAAUCUGAAACGCACUGGGUCAAUAAAAUGUUAUGGUACACUUUGGUUUGGUUUUUUUAAAAUCUCCCUGCCAUUACUGUUUUCCCACCGCAGUGGUCUGGAUUCGGCCCUCCUUUCACGAAGCGCUCCACAAGAUUCAAAAUGGCAGGGAGAUCACCUGUAGCGUUUGUUAGCCAUGAGGGAAAAAACAUCGCCCCAGAAACGAGCACAUUAAGGCCCCAAAUUAAGGAGCCUUCAAGGAA